AUGUCCACUCAUUCUGGGAGCUCAAGAGAAUCUUCUCCUGAGCGAGAGGAGUUUCAAGACACCAAGACUGGAGAGACCAAGUCUAAGGAUACACAGCUCAAGGACGAGGUGCCCCAGGUCAACGUCGUGGCUCCUGAUGGGAGCUCUCAACAGCAGCAAUUGCCUCCACCCUCACCCACUGGCUCAACAUCUGAGAACAACAAGAAUAAUGAAACCAAGAAACGUUCUCCUAGAACAACCUCAAAGGCCACCCUUGCAGAGUACAUGUGUCGUCUCCAGUCUCAAGAAGACCGCAUUGAGAGCAUCAAGGACAUGCUCGCCUCAAUUGCCAACCAGGAGGAUCCAGGCGUGGCCAUGUACGAGUACUGGUCAACGCACCUGCAGCAACUCUUCAAGGAGUUUAAGGAGGAGCACACUCGACUUGAAGCAGGCUGCCCUUCUACUCUGCAUGACCAUGCCUACUUCAGCCAACGCCCACUAUACACAGCAGAAGGGUGGUUUCAUCGAGCUUCUCUACAAUUGGCAGUGCUCAAGGAAAAACUCAAGGCCAGUGGCAAGUUCAUCUCUCAUCAGCCCAACUCAAGCUCAACCUCAACGUGCAAUGACAAGUCUCGCCCAAAAUUGCCAGAAAUUAAGUUAAUUAAUUUCUCUGGCUCAUAUGCUGAUUGGCCUUCAUACAAGGAAAUGUUCAAGACGAUGAUUUUGGACAACGAUCGCUUGAGCAACGUAGAGAAGCUUCACUAUCUCAGAGGCUCACUGAGCAAAGAGCCUUUGCAGGUAAUUCAAGGCCUACCUCUGUCAGGUGACUCUCUCACAGCUGCUUGGGAGAUGCUGUCAAAGCGCUACGAAAACAAGAGAUACAUCAUCCAAUCAUACCUGGAUAUGCUCAGCAAUACGGCUCCUGCUCAAGCCAAAAAUGCAGCCUCAUUGAACUUGCUCACCUCAAGCUUUGCUAAAGCUCGCCAAGCCUUGCUCACUCUCACGGACAAGGAGAAAUUGGCAGAUUUGAUGUUUGUUUCUCAACUGGUGAGAUUGCUCGAUCGACCAUCAAAGGAGGCAUGGGAAACUCACACUAUUGGCCUGGAAGGUGACUGCUCCUUUGAUCAACUGUAUGAAUUUCUAGUUUCCCGUAUUCGAGCAAUCGAGCGAGUAGAUGGCAGAGAGUCAGCCAACUCGCCAGGGUCUUCGCCAUCAAAGCACGUGAAAGCGAACGUAGGCACGCUCAAACCUAAAUCACCAACGAAUAACUCAUCAAAGGCUCCUUCAAGUAAGAAGCAGGAUACGUCGUAUCCCUGCUCUCUGUGUGAAGAUCCAGGACACUUCAUCGUAGCAUGCCUGCGCUUCAAGAAUCUCUCAUUAGAAGAGCGCAGAAACGUCGUUGUAAAAGAGCGACUCUGCUACAACUGCCUUGGACGGCACUCGGUGCGUAAUUGUAAAUCAUCUAUACGCUGCAAGGUGUGUGGUCAAUCACACCACACAAUGAUUCAUCAAGAGGCCGACAAUUCCAACAAAGUAGAUGCUAAUAACGCCAAGCUUAGCCAUCACGGAUCAGUACACAGCAACGGCGGUUCAUUGCUCGCCACAGCUAUGGCUCACGUCGUCCACGCUCACGGUACUCAUUUAGUGAGAAUUCUCAUAGACCCUGGCUCAGAAGUCUCAUUCGUGACAUCUCAUGUUGUUGAUAUGCUUGCCUUGAAACGAGUACACUCGUCAGUGCCUGUCUCGGGAAUAGGAGGCUGUCACUCAGCUCAUACUCGAGGCAAAGUGACAAUUGCACUCAAGUCGAUGCAUCGAGACUUGACUGUGCAGUUCUCAGCAGACAUCCUCAACAAAAUAAGCUCAGCUGUUCCAUCAACGCCUUGUGACGAAAGCCAAUGGUCACAUCUCAAUGGCUUGAACUUAGCCGAUCCCUCGUUUGGACAGCCACGUCAUGUCGAUGUAUUAAUCGGAGCGGAUGUCUACCCAUCAAUCAUUAAGCCAAACAUUAUCUAUGGAAGCUCAGACGAGCCUAUGGCACAACUCUCAAUUUUUGGCUGGUUGGCAGUUGGCCCCAUUGGUGGUGUGCCAAUUAGAGUAUAUCGAAGCUUGCAAGCUUCGACCUCUCAAGAUGAUUCAAAUCUCGACGAUCUACUCACUAAGUUCUGGACACAAGAAGAAGUUCCAGUCUCAGAAAAUGCAUCACUCACCCACGAAGAAGCUCUCUGUGAAAAUCACUUUGUCACCACUCAUUCAAGAGACUCUACUGGUAGAUAUAUAGUACGAUUACCAUUGAAGCAACCUGCAUCAGUACUAGGCGAUUCAUUCACUCGAGCUCGUGCCUGCUUGAGAAGCAUACUCGCAAAGCAAGACAGAGAUCCAGAGUAUAAGGAGCUUUACAAAGCUUUUAUGCAAGAAUAUGCGCAGCUGGGCCAUAUGACGCAAGUGUCAUCGAAGCCUUCGACUGCCCCUGCCUAUUAUCUGCCACAUCAUGGUGUGCUGAAACUAGACAAUGUCACGACCAAAUUGCGUGUCGUAUUCAAUGGAUCUGCUGCUACUUCAUCAGGACAUUCUCUCAACGACAUCAUGUAUGCGGGUCCGAAUCUCUUGCUCAACAUCGUCGAUGUGCUCAUCUGGAUUCGCUCAUUUCGACUGUUAUUCGCUACUGACAUCACAAAAAUGUACAGGCAAAUUCUCGUUGAUGAAAGAGAUGUCGAUCUCCAGCGCAUAGUUUGGAUCGACGAGAAAUCAAAUGAAACUCAUUGGCAGCUCAAAACAGUCACGUAUGGGACCAGGGCAGCUCCAUACCUAGCAGUUCGCUCAUUGCUGCAGCUUGUCAAGGACGAAGGUCACAGAUUUCCUUCAGCAAUUGACUCUCUCACCAAAGGACGAUAUGUAGAUGAUAUUUUUGGUGGAGCAGACAGUGACGAGCAGCUCAAACACGUAGCACAAGACUUAACGAAUCUGUGCUUGGCAGGCGGAUUCCCGUUGGCAAAGUGGAGCUCAAACAGCGAAUCCUUUCGUGCUGAUCUGCCUGACAGCAACAGAUCAACCACCAUAUCCUUGGACGACUGUAAAGCCAAGAUCCUUGGACUUUACUGGGACACUCAUGAAGAUUCGCUCAAGUUCAAAGUCAUGGUGCCGCCGCCUCAAAGAAACAUUUCGAAACGCUCUAUUCUUUCAGAAGUUGCUCAAAUAUUCGAUCCCCUAGGCAUCAUCUCACCUGUCACCAUCAAAGCAAAAGUCCUCCUACAAGAACUGUGGCUUCACAAACUCACAUGGGAUGAACCAGUGCCAGAAUCCAUUCGAGCAAGAUGGAUACUCAUGAAACAAGAUUUUCGUCGCUUGAAUACGCUGUCACUGCCUCGGUGGCUGAAUACUUCAAGUGAUGCGACAAUACAGUUACAUGGUUUCUCUGACGCUUCUCAGUUUGCCAUGUCCGCUGUUUUAUACAUAAGAGUGCACUCACAGGUGACAGGCUACUCAUCUCACUUUUUAUGCUCCAAGACAAAGGUGGCACCGCUCAAAAAUCUCUCAAUUCCGAAGCUCGAAUUGUCGGCGGCUCACUUGCUUGCAAAGCUUACUCGGCAUAUCUUGGAUACGUUUCACUUUCAUGUUCAUUCAACGCACCUUUGGACAGACUCUCAAGUUACACUCGCAUGGAUUAAGUCUCACGCUUCGCGAUGGAAGGACUUUGUAAGAAACAGAGUUGCGCACAUUCAAGAACUUGUUCCAUCGGCCCAGUGGCGUCAUGUACCAGGCUCUCUCAACCCUGCUGAUUGUGCUUCAAGAGGCGUGACAGUCGAGCAGCUCUCUGAACACAAUCUUUGGUGGCAUGGACCACAGUGGCUACUUGAGAGCGAAGAGCGUUGGCCAACUCAACGAGACAGUUUAGAUAUCGCUAAUGUGCCCGAACAACGAAGA